GGGGUUGGGGAAAUGUUGGAGGAAAGGCUGUGUGUUUACUUCCGGCCACCCUGAGAGUGAGAGCGAGAGUGUCUGUGUGUGUCACUCACUCGCUCCGGCUGGUUGGCUGAAGAGACCCGGCGGGCGCUGCCUGGGGGGCGGGAACCCGGCGGAGCCGUCCGGAGGAAGAGAGGGCGCAAAGUGGGAGAAGGUCCGGUUUGGGACAGGCACCCAUGAGCCAUCCCAGAGGCCGGAGGGGGCGGUGAGAAGAGGAGCUCGGACAAGCGGGCAGGCAGGGACACAGCCCGAGCCGCCUGCUUGCUUGUUCGCCCGGCCCAGCACCGCGGAGGCGCAAAGCAGCAGGCGGCGUCAUGGACUGGCUCAUGGGGAAAUCCAAGGGGAAACCGAAUGGUAAAAAGCCAGCACCAGAAGAAAAGAAACUUUACCUAGAGCCAGAAUACACGAAGUCCAGAAUUACUGACUUUGAAUUCAAAGAGUUAGUAAUGUUACCACGUGAAAUAGACCUUAAUGAGUGGUUAGCCAGCAAUACAACAACCUUUUUCCACCACAUCAAUUUACAGUAUAGUACAAUCUCUGAAUUUUGUACAGGAGAGUCGUGUCAGACCAUGGCGGUGUGCAAUACACAAUACUACUGGUAUGAUGAGAGGGGAAAGAAGAUCAAGUGUACUGCUCCUCAGUAUGUUGACUUCGUCAUGAGUUCUGUGCAGAAGCUAGUGACUGAUGAGGAUGUCUUUCCUACAAAAUAUGGCAAGGAAUUCCCCAACUCCUUUGAAUCCUUAGUGAAGAAGAUCUGCAAGUACCUGUUCCAUGUGCUGGCCCACAUCUAUUCCUCACACUUUAAGGAAACGCUGGCACUGGAGCUGCAUGGACAUCUGAACACACUCUACAUUCACUUCAUCUUAUUCAUCAGGGAGUUCAACCUGGUAGACCCUAAAGAAACCACCAUCAUGGAUGACCUCACGGAGGUCCUCUGUAGCAGCAGUGGGAGCAGCAGCAGUAAUGGGAGCGGCAAUGGUAGUGGUGGCAGCAGCAGCAGUGGCAGCAGCACAGGAGCACAGAACCACGUGAAGGAGAGAUGAGUCUUCCCAACAGGAGCAAAACUAAUGCUAACUUUUUUUAAAAAAAUACUCUUAUAUGUGUGUAUGUGUAUGUAUAUGUGCAUAUGUGUAUAUAUAUAUACAGACAUACACAGCCAUGACAGUUUAAGCAAUUAUGCUGCCACCACAGGACAUGUAGACAUAUGAGACUGUAUGGAGCUUUUGUUAAAUGCAUCAUCCUUGGCGAAAAGUUGCACCAGUUCUAUUUUAUUGUUUCCUGCUCCCCGCUUCCUUUCCCCCCUCCCUUAUCAGAGGGAUGAUGAGUGCUGUUUUAGAGAAGAACCACAUUUUUUCUUAGUUGGGCCACUGCCUUGGGUUUUUUUUUCGUUCUGCCCACUUCCCCUCCACUUUGAGGGGUGGGGGUCUUUGAGUGCAAGUCCCUUUCUGUAUGUCUGUCUUUCUCUCUCUCUAGGAUGGUGGUACUGCCAUUUUAAAAAUGUUAUAAGAAGUGACUUUUACUUGUGAAGUGGCUUAAGAUGCAGGUAUUUUGUUGGUUUCGGGGGGAGGGUUGGGAUUUGUCUUUUCGUUUUUACUUAAACUGAUCCUAUUUCUUUUCCCUCCCCUCGGACCUUUUGCAUCUAGCCCUUUGCUGGCUUGUAAUAGGAAGAAAAGUGUUUUGGCUCAACUAGAGUAGCAAUAAAGCUUCCAGCGCACUUAAGGGAUGUGGUUCUUCAAUCUACCUGGUCUCAACAUGUGAACCUUGAAAGAACAUCUACAAACAUCAGUUGCUUAUUGCUUCUAGGUUCUCUGCCCAGCUCUUUGGCUCCUCCUUUGCCAGACAUAAAUCCAAGAACAAAAAUAGGGAAAGGAUUGGAGACCAAAAUCACUGGUAAAAGCCUCAACCAUUUAUUUUGUGUUGAAUUGGAAGCCUGAGGCAGGAUGGAAAUGAGCACACAGUCCAUCACCACCUGUGCUAGAGAGAUGGCUGUUGGCAUAUAAUUAUAUUGUUGGCUUAUUUUAGUUCAUCUGUCCGAUAAUAAUAAUAAAAAAUUCUAUCAGGCAUAA